AUGAGAUUUGAGGUUAAUUUGUCAAUAAUUUCCAUAGGGGACUGUCUUGGUCAAAUUCAUAAAGUGGAGUGGCUAAAUUGGUCGAUUAGACCAAAAAUUGAAAUUAAGGAAAAGGGGUCAGGUCUCCGUUUUCUUCAAUUUGAGAAAAAGAAACAACCGAUCGAAGAAAGGGAUCUAAUGGUGUUCGAUCGAGAAAAGAAGCAGGGGGAGGAUCUCUGGGGUUUCGUUGGACCGAAGGAAAAAGAAGAAAAGAAGCAGGAAGCUGCUAUCGAUUCUUGGUGGGUGAAGAACUUGCUAGUCUUGAUUGGCUUUAUGGGUGCUCCUAAGCAGAAAUGGACAUCUGAAGAAGAAGCAGCUCUAAAAGCUGGAGUUCUUAAGCAUGGAGCAGGAAAAUGGUGCACAAUUCUUAAAGAUCCAAAGUUUAGCAGUGUGUUAUACCUGCGCUCUAAUGUGGAUAUUAAGGACAAAUGGAGUAACAUGAGUGUAAUGGAAAAUGGAUGGGGAUCUAAGGAGAAGGCUAGGUUAGCCCUGAAAAGAGUGCAACAUGUCCCUAAGGAUGACAACCUUCUCUCACUCACAACUGCUGAUCCCAGUGAUGAAGACUCGGGUGAUGUGAGGCCUCUUCAGUCUUCUAGUGGUUCUCCACAAGUUGGUGCUUCAAAAAGAUCUAUGAUAAGGCUGGACAAUCUUAUGAUGGAGGCAAUAAACAACUUGAAGGAGCAUGGUGGCUCUAAUAAGACUACCAUUGGCACAUACAUAGAGUUUUUUCCGGAUUAA